CACAGCGUCUCCAUCCACGUGCCUCAGUGUGUAGCAACAACCAGUAGCAGUAUAUAUUUAAAAUUUAAAACAUAACCAAACUUAACCUACACACCAGCAACGUGUGCACGAGUUAGUAUUGAAUAAUAAAAUAAAAAACAGUAAAUAAAUAAAUAAUGAAUCAAGAAACAGUAUCAGUGGGAAAUUACAUAAUUGUUCAAAAGCAAGAUUACCGGAAAGUGUGCAGAGUAUCACGUGAUGGGACGUUUUCGUUGGGUAAAGAGCAAGUUGAAAUGGCUGGAGUAAUUAAUAAGCCUUACUGGACGACAUUCAAAAUGAUUGGACCAGUUUCCACAUCUAAAAAUGGUUUGAAAACUAUAACUCUUGAGGUGGCGGAGAAAGCUGAGACAUCGGAAAAUUUACACAAGGGAUUGGCGAGCGGUAGUGACAAUAGAUCAAUCAAUGACGAUGGUAUGUCGCAAAAAUUAUCUAAAGCUGAAAUAGAAGAUUUACGUGAAGCCGGUAAAUCAAGCAAAGAAAUUGUCGGGUAUUUGAUUGAAAACAGCAGCUCGUUUUCAUCUAAAACCGAAUAUUCACAGGAAAAGUAUAUCAAGAAAAAAGAAACAAAGUAUUGUAGAUAUUUAACAAUAUUGAAACCGACUGUAGGAUUGUUGCAGGAAAUAUACUUCAGACAGGAUCCUGGUAGAGUUAAUGGUUUGAGAAUGGACACAUUGUCGCAACUAUUGUCUUACUGCGACGUUAAAUCUGACGGGAAGUAUCUGCUGUACGAUGGGGGUUCCUGUGGUUUGUCUGCGGCUGCAAUGCUGAGCAGGAUUGGCGCUAAAACUCAAGGUACUUUGAUAAAUCUUCAUCCUGGAAACCAGCCCAACUUGACACUUGUUCACGCUAUGAAUUUUUCUGAUGAACAAUUAAAGCGAAUGCUUGCUGUUAAUCUUUAUACAUUUUUACGGCUUUAUUAUCAGGGUGACGAAGUUAUUUUGGAAGAGUUGGCCAAGAAGUAUGAGCUGUCGGCACUGAAAAGACGUAAUUCGGAUCAUCUUCAUGGGGACAAUAACUCGAAGAAAUCGAGAUUAGCUUCUGAUGUUGCUGAUGAUGACUCGACGACGACAAGUGAAGAGGAAGAGAAAAAAUUAAAUCAUGUUCUUGAAACAGUUAUUGAAGCUGCUGAUGAUAAUAUAGUGAAGACGACGUCAUUCAAUAAACCCAAGUGGUUUAACGAAACGAAAGAAGUUGUUGACUGUUUGAAAGCAUCGAAAGCUGAUGGCUUAGCUAUCGUUGCUAAAGAACAUCCUCUAAAUAUUGUAAAUGCGCUGCUACCGUUUCUUGAGGCAUCAAAACCGUUUGUUAUACAUCACUGUUAUAGAGAACCCCUUCAAGAGACUUACGUUGCUCUCAAAUCCCGUAGAGAUGUUAUUAAUUUAAGAUUACUAUCAAACUUUUGUCGUGGGUAUCAGGUGUUGCCUAACAGGACUCAUCCAGAAAUAACAACAAAUGAUUUAGGUGGCUAUUUAUUAGCUGGAUAUUUAGUUAGCUGAGUUAAACUUUUACUCGUUCAUCAUUUUUUACAACAAUUUUUUUUUUAUAAAAUUAGAAUUGUAUAAUUUUUUAAGUAAUUAAUUAUAAAUAUUAAUAUUUAAUAUUUAUGCCACAAUAAAGAAAUUUUAUGAUA